AUGGUCACCCUAAAAACUACUAUACUAUAUUUCCAUGAAUCCAAAUUGAAUUCCAGUUCUUGGGAUAAUUCCCUGCCUGCGCUUGAGAUUAACAGCUCGGAGCUAUCACCGCUCGGCGAUAGCAACAACAGCAGCACCACGACUACUACAACGGCACAAUUGCAUCAUAACGCGGCCAAUACUUCGCUGCAUCGUUCCGACCAAUUAAACUCGUCGCGCAGCUCAUUCAACAGCUUACAAACGCUAUUGAAUUCCAACACGCUUGCAGCACCGCUGCAACAAUAUCAGCAACAACAACAGCAACAGCUACAUCAUCAUCAUCAUCAGCAUAGUAAAAGCUGUGGCAGUGCCAGCACCGUCGGCAGGCCAAUUAACAACGAGGCGGAAAACUCCGCAACCGCCUCAGUUGUAAAUACAAACAACACAAUUGCCGGCGGAAGUAUCAGCACCAACGGCGGCUCAGCGGCCGUUGGUGUAAGCAACGCAACUGCAACCACAACCACAGAUACCGUAAAUCACAGCCAAACUGCCGCUACUGCAAAUUCACACGCAACAAAGAAACGCCUCGAGCACAACGUCUCCACGCGCUCUGUACAAUCGGAGGAUAGUUGGUGCUCUGAGCAAUCGGUAGAUCAGGAGGCCAACGCCAACAGUAUACACACAGCUUCCGACGAAGAAGCCGCAACGGAGGACGAACGUGAACGGGAGCGUGAACGCAGCAGCGUGACGUCGUUGAGCGCAACCAAUCAACGCAAUUCACAAUUGCGUUCCACACUCAACAAGGCCAAGCAGCAUUUGUCCUUUGACAAAUGGCGUACGAGUUCAUCGAACAGUGGAAACGCUGCCAACAACACAUCCACCAGUUCCGCAACAAAUUCAGUGUUGGCGGGCAAUAACAGCGCAGCUGAUAGCAAUAGCCAUAGCACGCAAACACGCCGUGCUAGCGCCUGCACCAUGCCGACAGCACAUCAAAGUGCACGCGACGACAUCACCACACCGGGCGAAUCGCCGGGUGGCCGUUUGUCGCGCUGGUUCUCGAUACGCAGGGGCUCAUCGCAUCAGUACGAUGUGGGUGGACGUGAUGGUCGCCACUCGACCGCUUCUAGCAUCGAUAUGCCAGAUGCAGCGGCGCUAUCAGGGUGCGGCGAUUCAACGCAUGCAUCGCCACAAAAAUUAAAUGCGAACAAAAUGCCAGGCGUACCAGAGAAUGAGGAUGAAGAAGCCGCUCUGACGGCACCACGUUUCGAUCUGGAUCUAAUGUUGCCGCCCGGUAGUCGCGCCAAUGGCACUGCGCAUAAUGCGCACACCCGCCUCGUCACGCCAAUGCUGCCGCCCGCACCGCCAGGCCUGUCGCAGCAGCAGCUGAAACGGCGCCACAUUGUGGCUGCAAUUGUGCAUAGCGAAAAUUCAUAUGUGGCCACUUUGCAACGUCUAGUCAAUGAUUAUAAGAAACCUCUCGAAGAGAGCAACCCACCUGUAUUGAGCAGCUCCAAGAUAGCCACACUCUUUCAUCGCCUGCCCGACAUUCUACAAGCACACAAAUUAUUUCGCAUUUCACUCGCCGAAUGCGUACGCAAUUGGGAUCGUGACGAGCGUUUGGGUGAUUGUUUCGUGAAUGCUUUCAGCAAGCCACGCAUACUCGAAAUCUAUUCGGGUUUUAUAAAUAAUUUCUCAGCAGCCAUGGAACUCGCCAAAAUGGAGGAGAAGCGUAAAUCCGCAUUAGCCGAUUUCUUUAAAGUAAAACAAAUCAGCGCACAUGAUCGUCUAUCUUUUUUCGGUUUAAUGGUGAAACCGGUACAACGAUUCCCACAAUUCAUACUCUUUCUACAGGAUAUACUCAAAUAUACACCACAAGGCCAUCACGAUCGUAUGUCAUUACAAUUGGCACUAACACAAUUGGAAUUACUUGCGGAAAUGUUGAACGAACGUAAACGUGAAGCGGAACAAUAUCAAGGUUUCAAAGAGAUGUUGGGUCACAUUACUGGCACUUUCAAUGCGCGCUCACUCACCGCCACAGAGGGUAAUCGUGCGCGUUACCUGCUACGCGAGGACAAUGUCACACAUGUCGAAUUCAAUCAGGCUGGACUUAUUGUGAAGUCGAAACAGCGACGUUUAUUAUUGCUCAAUGAUAAGGUGAUUUGUGUUUCGGUCGCACCAAAGCAGUCACAUGAUUUUGGCGCAACGGAAAAGCUGAGUUUCAAGUGGAUGUAUCCAGUGACGGAUGUGGAAAUUGUGGAUAAUAGUACUUCUGCAACGCUGUCGAGAAUAUUAACGGCUGGUCUCAAUCGCGGCGGAAGUCUCAAAUCCAACAGUAGCUCUUGCAAUAACAGUCACUCGAAUACACUACCCAUCAAUUCGACUCACGCACAUGGCGCACACUCUCUAGAUAGCUCACCAGCUGCACAACUCACAAAUGGCGCUGAUAAUCUCUGCUCGGAGAUGAGCACACUCAUGUAUGACUAUGAGGUAAUCUCACGUAUACACGAUCUCGUAAGCACACUUAAGGGUACAUAUAAAGAGCUCAACACAAAUACCACACGCAAUGUACUGAAUGCCAUACAAGCCUCAAUACAACGCAAAGAUGAGGAAAUGGCUUGGGUGGACUCAUGUUGUCUACAAUUGAUAGCGCGCAACAAGUCCGGCAAGGAGGAGACCUACACAUUCCAAACUCAAACACCGAAUGUGAAGAAGGAAUGGAUUACAGAGUUACGUUUGGCUCAGUUGGCGCUCGAUCCAAAUAAUUCGCCAGCUUGGGAGACAUCAACAUCUACGGAGCCCCAGUCACUGGGCAACAGCUACGAACAACAACAACAGGUUAUGCAGAGACAAUCAACAAAGUUGCCACUUUUUGUCAAGGCGAUACCGGUCUACAAAUCACAGCAUCAAACUGAGGUGCGCUGUGGAUGUUACUAUACCAUCGCCAAUGACCUAAAGUUGAGCGGCAAUGCACGGCGUCGGCACAAACAACAAAACUAUCUGUGGGUAUGCACCAGUGAUGGCACUUCCUCACACAUAGCAGUGCUGUCACAGCAUCAUCAGCAAGCUGGCAAUCUGCGUGAUGUGGGCUCUUUCGAUUUGGUUGAGACACAAGUGACUGCCAUGGAGUUCAUUAAGGGACUGGAUAGCGCAAAGAAACGUGACGAUCACAAUAGUCUGCUUGGCGAUCUGGUGUGGAUGGGUACAGAUAGUCGCAAGAUAUUAAUUUAUUCAGCACAAAACCCCGAACAGGAGGAGCAGUUGGGCUGCAGCACCGUACCUGGCGCCGUUACACGUAUACUCUAUCACUUCGAUGUCGUCUAUGUGGCGCUCUCAAAUGCCAUAAUGCUCAUUUAUCGUCGUUCGUACGAUGGCGUGUGGAUGCUGAAAGAUCCACAGGUAGUACUGCUCGGCGAGUCCGGUCUGCCAGUGCCCAGUCUGCUGCCAAUAAAUAUGAAUAUUUACGCGUCGUGUGCGAAUCGGGUCUACGUACUGAACGCACUGAAUGGUGAGAUACAGAAGAGUUUUGAAGUGCAACAUGGCGCCAAUCAGCAGGUCAACUUAAUGGCGCACUCCGGCAUUGGUUUGUGGAUCUCACUGAAGAAUUCAACUGUUUUGUGUUUGUAUCACACAGAGACCUUUAAGCAUUUACAGGAUAUAAAUAUUGCCUCGAGUGUAUUGCGCAGCGAUAGCAAGAAAGAACAGGCAGUCAACAACAGUUCCAUUUAUGUGACUGCGCUCAUGGCAUGCAAGGGUUUGCUUUGGGUGGGCACAAAUGUUGGCAUAGCGGUAACUAUACCGCUGCCACGCCUGGAGGGUGUACCUAUCAUCAGCGGCGGCAUCAAUAUGUCAUGUCACGCACACUUUGGACCCAUAACCUUCCUACUGCCGCUGAUACCUCGCGUUUACCCAAGCUACAAACAACCACCACCAACACAAACGCUGCCUGUCGCAUUUUGUGCAGAGGCCACCGUAACAGUGCCUAGUAUGGGUGAUGAUCUGCAAUUGCCCGCAAUCGAUGCCGACCCGAAGAAACUCACCGAAGCCGACCUUGAUGAGUCGACAGUGAUAUUGCGAAGAGACCUGCCAAAGGACGAGUCCUCCUUCUCGGGCACGGCGUCACCCUCAGCUUCAAUGUUGCGCGAACUAAGUGUGGAUAGCGACUCAAAUGCGCCAUCACCACGUUGCUCAAAACUGGAUAAACAAAACUCAUUUGAUCAAUCGUUAUCGAAAAUACGUGUUUCUUUGGUCAACUCACCAGCUUUCCAUCGUAAGCGUUUCCGCGAUCUCUCCUCCGAUUCCACACGCAUGGCCAAGACGCUGCCGCGCGGCUUCAACACCAGCAUGCAUUCAAACACGAGCACACUCAAUCACGGCGAACAUGGCUGCUGCGACGUCUACGGUCUGUAUGGUAAAUUGAUAUUCGUUAAGGAAGACUACGAUGCCGAGGAGGGCACGCAGGGUAAUCUCAUGGACAUGAUGUACGAAGGCAUGCGUCGUUCCGAUCCCGAAUUGGCUGCCAUACCCGGCAAGGUGAGCACGCUCGAUCGUCGCUUGCGCAUGAAAGCAUCACGUCCACGUUCACUCGAUCUCUCCAACUGGUCGGUGGACUCGAAAUCCUCAAGUCUCUACACCUCAUCCGGCAGCGAGGAAAGCAUGGGCAUACGCCUGUUUGGCGGUCGCUCUGUAUCGCGCAACAGCAGUAGCGCUAGUCACAAAACCUCAGGCAACGGCAGUGACCUGGGUAACAUAUCCGAAAAUGGACUGAUGACCAACGCCGAAAUACAUCAACAUCACAGCACACCCAAAUCAGAUGAUGGCUACAAGUUAUUGGACGUGAAGCAAGCAAGCAAGAAUACCGGUGGUAUGAACGCAACUGGCGCAAGUACACCACCACCUGCCGCCGCGGUGGCGACACUCAAACGCAAGCAAAAACAAACGAACAAACAACAACAGCAACAAAACGCCGAUGGACCACGUACCAUUAUCACGCUAAUGGGUGGUCGCGGCUACUGGCGUCACGUGUGGUACAACAACGCCAAUUCGCCGGGCAGCAAAACGGCGACGCUGAGCAGUGGCGCCUCAACACCGCUCAUCGCCAACUCGAACGACGCGCACAUUGUGGUGUGGGAGAAAAAAUUAUAAUCAUAGGAGUUCGA